AUGGCUGAUUACACAUACGACCAACGGCGAUAUGGCCCGGCCUCGAAUAAUCAGCGAGAUGCCGCAUUCUCCAACAUUUUCGGUUCCGCCCCCCCUCCAGGACGAGCCGGGACUAUGACCUCGUCGUCGCAAGGCUACACGCCGAACGCGCAGCCGCAAGAGGGUAGAACCCAGACUAUGUCGUCCGUGUCGAGCAUGCAGAAUGAUAUGCAGCGACGGCCUCCUCCACGACCCCAACAGCAAAGGGGCUAUGAAGACACUGGCCGAACUAGGACUAUGGAUACGAGUAUGGCCAAUGGUUACUAUCAAAGUCAGCGAAACCCUUCUGGAGGUCAUCCCCCGAUGCCAGGGCAGUAUGGAAGACUGCCGCCUCCAGGACCGAAUCAAAGGCCUUAUCCUGGCCCUCCGCCCCAAGGACAGCCUCGAUUCGACUCGAGGGGACCUGCCCCCCAGUCAGGAUAUCCUCCGCGAAACCCAGCUCCCCGAAUGUAUCAGGGAGCACCCGGAUCUGCCCCUGCUAUGCGUGACGACCCGUAUAGAUCUCAGUCUCUCGCCAGCAUGCCACGGCAGCCGGCAUAUCAGUCGCCGCCCGGCCCCUAUCAGAACCAACAGAAUAAUUUACGGACUCCUCCGCAGACUACAAUGUCGUCUCGCACGACCGCACAAGGUCGAGUAGUCCCCGAGCGCCACGACGAUCGAUCGAUGUCGAUGACUGGCUAUCCUCCCGAUCGUGAUGCUCAUCAGAUGAUGAGCGGCCGAGUGAUUCCCAACCGUAUGAGGGCACCUUCGAACGAGUCUCCCGCGGUGAAUGGGAAUGCGGGUGGAUACCCUGCGUUCAAUGGAUACGCAUCUGCGCCGGGUACUGCAACAAGGACAAUGAGCAUGGCAUCUUCGACUGUUGCUGGAGAUCACAGUCGCACCAUGUCAAUGGCUAGUACCAUUGUCCCUGAGACUUCCGAACAAGCUCGACAGCAGCUAGUUCACCGACCAUCCCUAUCGAAGUCAAUUGAGGGUGAACGACCUCCUACCGCCAAGAUCCGGCCGCCGUUGGUUUACCCUGCCCUUCUCUCGAGAGUCGCCGAAUGUUUCCGCCAAAAGAUAAUCACGGGCGACCGGACGAAGAACGAGUUGACUUACAAGAAUGCUUUUAGCGGUUCCGAGGCCGUCGAUGUUCUAUCAUAUAUCAUUAGAACUACAGAUAGGAACCUAGCGUUGCUUCUUGGUCGAGCUCUUGAUGCGCAGAAGUUUUUCCACGAUGUUACUUACGAGCACCGAUUACGAGACUCAUCGUCUGAGAUGUAUCAAUUUAGGGAGACUCUUAUGGAUGAACCGGAAGAGAAGCACCCGGUCAAUGGUGUAUUCGUAUUACUAUCCGAGUGUUAUUCUCCGACAUGCACAAGGGACCAGCUCUGCUAUUCGAUCGCCUGCCCACGAAGAUUAGAACAGGUGUCUCGACUUAACCUCAAGCCACAGGUUGGCCUUAGGAAAGACCAGGACGCUACUAUCAACGACGAUGCGGACCAGACAGACGAACAGAAGCUCUGGAUCAAUACUGUUCCCAAGGAGGUCGCCGAGAGUGUUGGUGACAGGGAGAAGAAGAGGCAAGAAGUUAUUUCCGAAAUUUGUUAUACCGAAAGAGACUUCGUCAAAGAUCUCGAAUAUCUCAGAGAUUUCUGGAUUUUGCCUUUGCGCUCGAAGGGCUCGCCUAUUCCUGCUCCAAGGAGGGACAAGGUUGUGCAAAAUAUUUUCAGCAACAUUAUCGAUCAUCCUAGCAUUCACAAUGUUAGUUCAAGGUUUGCCAAGGCCUUGACAGAGAGGCAACAAAAGAACCCUGUAGUCAAGAACCUCGGUGAUAUCUUCCUGGAAAUUGUUCCUCAGUUUGAGCCAUUCAUCUUGUACGGUUCGAAGCAACUUGAGGCCAAAUUUGAGUUCGAAAACGAGCGAUCGAGCAACCCCUAUUUUGCUAAAUUCGUCGAGGAGAUUGAAAGGAGAAAAGAGUCGAGGAAGUUGGAAUUGAACGGUUACUUGACCAAACCCACAACACGUCUUGCUCGUUAUCCCCUGCUCCUCGAGAACGUCUUGAAAUAUACGGAGGAUGGCAACCCCGACAAGGAGGAUAUCCCGAAAGUUCUUGUUACGAUUCGUGACUUGCUGAGCAGAGUCAAUGCCGAGUCCGGUAAAGCUGAAAAUCGGUUUAACCUACGCCGCCUACACGAGCAACUGAAGUUCCGCCCCGCUGAUCGUGUCGACCUUAAGUUGACAGAAGACGGCCGCGAACUAGUAUUUAAGACCCAGUUCAAAAAGUCACCUACAGAUCCUACGGAUAUCACGGCGUUCCUGUUCGACCAUGCUGUUCUCCUGGUGCGGAUAAAGCAAGUUGGCAAGGGCGAAGAAGUGAAAGCAUAUAGGAGACCAAUCCCGCUGGAGCUACUCGCCAUUAAAGAAAUGGACGAAGUCAUUCCUCAGGCAGGAAUAAAACGAGCGUCCUCGAAUUUGCCUUUCCGCGGCAAAGAUUCCGAUAAGAAGGCUACGGAAGGUUGGCCUAUCACAUUUCGACAUCUAGGCAAAAAUUACUACGAGCAAGUUUUGUACGCAUCGAAUCAGACAGCCAGGAAAAAGUGGCUCGAGUUCAUCGACUCAGCUCAACAGCGUCUCCGAGCACGAGCCGACUUCUUCAACGUUAACACCCUCUCUUCUAACUUCUUCCAAACUGGCAACCUUGUUAACGCUGUGACACCUUACGAUGGUGGUCGUAAACUAAUUAUCGGCACUGAUCAUGGCAUCUACGUGUCUGAUCGUAAGGCUAAAGACCAGGUGCCCAAGCGCGUCAUCGAAGCGCAGCACGUCACGCAGGUUGAUGUGUUGGAAGAGUAUGGUCUCUUAUUAGUCUUAUCGAACAAGACACUAUCGUCAUACUCACUCGCAGCAUUGGAUCCGAACGAGCCAGCACUUGCGAAGAGGCCUAAGAAGAUUCAAAGCAACUGUAAUUUUUUCAAAACAGGUAUCUGUCUAGGUAGGCAUCUGGUCUGUUGCGUCAAGUCUAGUGCACUUUCGACUACGAUCAAGGUGUACGAACCAAAUGACUCGAUGAGUAAGGGCAAGAAGCAGAAAGGGUUCGGUAAGAUGUUUAACGCCGGUCAGGACGAAUUGAAGGCGUUUAAGGAGUUUUAUAUUCCGACUGAAUCGUCUUCAGUUCACUUCCUAAAGAGCAAGCUCUGCGUGGCAUGCGCAAGAGGGUUUGAAGUAGUCUCUCUCGAAACGCUUGAAACGCAGUCGCUACUAGACCAGGCCGAUACGUCGCUGGACUUCGUCGCAAGGAAGGAAGGUGUGAGACCGAUCCAUAUAGAACGGCUCAACGGAGAAUUCCUUCUCAACUACUCUGAGUUCUCGUUUUUCGUCAACCGAAACGGUUGGAGAGCGAGACCGGAAUGGCGUAUUGAUUGGGAGGGAACGCCACAAGCAUUCGCGCUAUCUUACCCGUGGAUCUUGGCGUUCGAGCCAAAUUUCAUUGAGCUCAGGAACAUUGAAAGUGGAGCGGUCCAUAUCGUCCCGCAUAAGAACAUCCGGAUGCUACACAGUAGUACACAUGAGAUACUGUUCGCCUACGAAGAUGAAGCCGGCGGCGACGUAGUCGCGGCUCUCGACUUCUGGAAAAACAACCGGAAGUCUGAGAUGCUCGCGCCUUGA